AUGAAGGAGAUUAGAAAAAAUACUUCUACUUUCGUUCUUUAUUUUAUUCUUUUCUUUCUCUUCGUUUUAAUUUCUUCUUCUUUUCUUCUUUUUUUUACGGCAGUUACUAUUUUUUUCUACUACAAUUACUACUUAGUUUUCCUUCCUUCUAACAUUUUAAUUUUUCAUCUUUAUUUUCGAUUUCUAUAUUGGGUUUCUUUCUCUUUUGUCUAUAUUCACUUUGCUUUCUUCUUCUUCUUCUUCUUCUUCUUCAAUUCUUUUUGUUUUCUCUUUCUUUAUAUCAUUUAUUUCAGUACUUUUUCUCUUUCUUUCAGUCUGCUUUCUCCUUUCUAUCGUCUUAUUCUUCUACUUCUUCUUCUUCUUCCUCCUCUUCUUCUUCGUCUUCAAUACUUUUCUUUUCCCUUUCUUUCCUUUUACUCCCUUUCCUUUUGUCUUUCUUUCUGUCAUAUUCUUUUAGUACGUUUUUUUUCUUUCAAUUGCUUUCUUUCAGUCUUCUUUUCUUCCUUCAAUACUUUUCUUUUCCCUUUCUUUCCUUUUACCCCUUUCCUUUUUCUUUUUUCUGUCAUAUUCUUCAAUCUUUCUUUCAAGCUUUUCCUUUUAUCCUUCUUCCUUCCCUUUCUUUCCAGCUUCUUCUUCUUAUUAUUAUUAUUAUUAUUAUUAUUUCUUUAUUUUCUUCUCUUAUUUUCGGUACUUUUUUCUUUUUUCAGUUCUUCUUUCCUUUUUUUUAUUUCUUUUUCCUUCCUUUCUUUCCAGUUUUUCUUAUUUUCACUUCGCUUUUAUUUUUUGUUCUUCUUUCCAUUUUUUCUUCUUCAUUUUCCUUCCUUCCAGUUAUCUUCUGCUCUUUUUUUUUGGCUUUUUUCGUCUUUCCUUUUAUUUAUGUUUACUUCUUUUAUCCUUCUUUUCAUAUUUCCUCUAUUCCUCCUCCUUUUACUUUCUUCUAUUCCUCCUCCUUUUACUUUCCUCUAUUCCUCUUCCCUUUACUUUUCUCUAUUCCUUCUCCCUUUACUUUCCUCUAUUCCUCCUCCUUUUAAUUUCCUCCAUUCCUCCUCCCUUUACUUUCCUCUAUUUCUCCUCCCUUUACUUUCCUCCAUUCCUCCUCCCUUUACUUUCCUCUAUUCCUCCUCCCUUUACUUUCCUCUAUUCCUCCUCCUUUUAAUUUCAUCUAUUUCUCUUCCUCUUAUUUUCCUUUAUCUCCCCCACCCAGAUCAACCUCUCUCAUUAGCUUUCUCCGCUCCUUUCAUUCUGUAG